AUGACAGACAAUUCGGAAGACGUAUACUACUGGGUCUUCUCCAGGUACGCCAAAAAUGAAUGCGCUGGCAUCUUUGGCGAUUCAGACGAAGAGCGAGAGUCCAUGAGAAAGACCAUACACGACCUCUGCGCAUCCGAAGAAAGGCGCGGACAUAGUCUCUCCAAAGAGGAUAUCGAUCUUGGAAUCAAGAGCGCUUUCGAUCAAUUCGAUGGGGAUGACGACGACGCAAGGGUGUACGGCCCAAAAAAGGACAAGACUGGUCAAUUCUUGUUUGCCAUACACAGGGCAAGAAACCGCGGUGAAGGCGUGGCGGAUGCACUCAGACAGCAAGAUCCGCCUACUAUAUAUCAGUACAAAACCUUUCUCGCUGAAGAACUCAAGAACAAGGACGAGAGUCUUUUUUCCCCCGACCUCUCCCAAGUUGAGCAACGCAACAAAAUAGGUCCUUACAUCACGCCAGUCAGCGGUAAUUAUCUGGUAGGGGUGGAUUGGGCCACAUUCACUUCUAAGAGAGAUGCUAGAGAACAUGCUUCCAAGGAAACCUUCAAGCGAACGAAAGAAUUGAGUGGUAAAGGAUUCCGACUGGGCUUGUGGACGGAGUUUUGGAUCGGUAUCGUGACACGAACAGACCCCUUGGAAGGUCGGGACUACUGGUUAGAGAUGUUUGUUGUAUCAGAGUGGAAGCGCGACAAGACUUGUGGCAAAUGGAUACAGACAGACAUAAGAGAAAUAACGCCUCGUCAUGUUGAGAAGGAACUUGACUGCAACGGAGGCGGGGACUCACCAUCAGAAGACUCGUCCUCGGAAGGUCCAUCGCUGGUGGAUUCAUUGCCACAAGACUGA